AUGGCUCUUCCAUCACAUCAAAAAGCAGCAAUUAUUCACAAGUAUAAUAAUGAUCCAGAAACAAGUUUCGAAAUUGUGGACAAUUAUCCCAUUCCAUCAUUAGGCGAGUACACUGUGUUAGUGAGAAACCAGUAUGCUUCAGUAAAUCCAGUCGACUACAAGAUUAGAAAAGGCUCCUAUCCCAAAGUGAAGACAUUCCCGUAUGUUCUUGGAGUAGAUGCAAGUGGAAGUGUCGUCGCUAUUGGAUCAAAAGUCACAAAAUUCAAAAUUGGUGACGAAGUGAGUGGUCCAACAUUUUCAAGCGGUACCUAUCAACAAUUUGUUUCAUACCACGAAAAUGAUCUAGCUCACAAACCAAAAAUUAUCGAUCAUCAAGUAGGAGCAGCAGGUGGUGUUAUCUAUCUCACCACUUUCCAAUCCUUUCAAAAAUUCCAUACUGCUCAAUCUGGCCAGCAAGAUUCAUUGAAGGGAAGAAAAGUUUUGAUUAUUGGUGGUUCUGGUGGUACUGGUGCUGCAGCUAUUUUGCUUGCAAAGUAUUAUUUCAAAGCAGAGUUGGUGGUCGCAAUUGCUUCUAAAAAGAAUUCUUCGUUUGUGAAAUCAUUAGGUGCCGAUGAGGUUUUGGAUUAUUCCGAAGGAAAGGAUCAAUUGUCUAAACGUUUGAAGGACGCAUAUGUGGAGACCUUUGAUAUUGUAUUGGACACUAUUGGAGGGUACAAUGACCUGUAUGGCAUUAAUGUUCUGAAAAAUUCUCCUGAAUCUGUGUUUGUGACCAUUGCAGGAUCUUUGCCUUCUCAAGGAAACACUGCUUUCGGUGCUGAUAAUUAUUCAUUUUUAGCCAUGUCAGCUGAUGGAAAUACUUAUGAAAAGAUUUUGAAUUGGCUUGUGAAGGAAGAUCUUGCCAACAAAAUUCCAAUUGCUAAAGUGGUGACUUUGGAAAACGUCUCUCAAGCACACAAGCUCAUUGAAACUCAGAGAACUGUUGGAAAAAUUGUCUUGAAAAUUCCUCAACAAUAA